CGAAUAUUCUUCUCUUAUUCCCGCGUUACCUCCUCGUCUUAAUGAAACCCACCCAGAAACAUCUAAAAAGGCAAAAUCAAAAACAAAAGCUCUCAUAACCGUUGGAUCACUCUAAAAGACCCAUGUUUGACCAUAAACGUCAUCCAAUCCAACGGUUCACAAACAAAAAGAAAAUAAGAUUCUAAUUUUGUGUUCUUCCUCCUUUUAUUUUCACCCUUGAGGUAAUAUUCCAAUGGCAUCUCCUAGAAAAUCCUUCAUUGUUUUGUAUAAAUACCAAACCACAUUUCUCUUCUCCUCCAUCCACAAACCAACGAACUCAAAACAUCCAAUCAAAUCUAAAACUCAGAUUAUCUCGAGAAAUAUUCGUGAGACAUGGCUUACAAUAGCAAUAACAAGAACAACAUUGUCGUUGUGUUCGACUUCGACAAGACAAUCAUCGACGUUGAUAGCGACAAUUGGGUGGUCGAUGGACUUGGCUUCACUGAUUUGUUCAAUCAACUCCUCCCUACCAUGCCUUGGAACUCACUCAUGGACCGUAUGAUGAAGGAUAUUCAUGAUCAAGGCAAAACCAUUGAAGAGAUCAAAGAAGUUCUCAAAACAAUCCCUAUCCACCCACGAGUCGUCCCUGCCAUCAAAUCUGCACAUGCUUUAGGGUGUGAGCUUAGGAUAGUGAGCGACGCCAACAUGUUCUUCAUCGAAACCAUCGUUGAGCAUCUCGGGAUUAGUGAAUACUUCUCUGAGAUCAACUCGAACCCAGGGUUCGUCGAUGAGCAUGACACGUUGAGAAUUUCUCCUUACCAUGAUUUCACCAACUCGUCCCAUGGUUGCUCUCAUCGCACGUGCCCUCCUAACAUGUGCAAGGGCUUGAUCAUUGAGAGGAUUCAAGAAUCUCUAGCUAAAGAAGGGAAGAAGAAGAUGGUCUAUUUAGGAGAUGGAGCUGGUGAUUACUGUCCAAGUUUAAAGCUAAAAGCUGAAGAUUACGCGAUGCCCCGUAAGAAUUUCCCGGUUUGGGAUCUGAUUAGUCAAAAUCCUAUGCUGGUUAAAGCAGCGAUCAGAGAAUGGACUGAUGGUGAAAGCUUGGAGAGGAUAUUGCUGGGAACCAUCGAGGAGAUUCUAUUGGAGGAAGAGAACGAGAAGAAGAUGUUGACUAGUGCGGAGAAUAACUGCAAGAUGCAGACCAUCUCUGUCGGGAUUAAUGUUCAUCAUGAGCCAAUAAUGCCCCGUGCUCUUCGAGUUUCUCAGUCUGGUUAAUUAAUUAGGUGGUUUGAUAUAACUGAUGAAGAAGAAUAUUAUAUGUGGUGACUUUAUAAUUAUAAACAAUAUAUAUGACGAUGAAGUUGUAUGAUUGUGAUUUUGUUUUUAACAAGUAUUUGCCUUGGUCUUUGCUGUUUUGUCAUAAAUUUAUCAAAUGUAUUUUUGUCUUGUCCUAAAAAUAGUACAUUAUGAUGAUUUUUAUCA